AUGCUUUACGAAUACCAUUUAGUUGGCAUUCUGACAAUAGUUUCUUAUAUGUCGGACGCAGCACAAAUUUUGAAAAGUAGAGAACAUACUUUGCAAGAAAGUCGAAUUAAAAUUGGAAGAUUUUGCUUCAUUUUAGGUGAAGAAAAGCAUAUUUUUCUAGCCACAAAUGUCAGUAUAAUCGUCAUUUCCCUAGGCAAUGAGUCUUUUAUUCGUGAUCAAAUCACAUGGCCAACGAACCUGGUUCAAUCAGAUCCCAGCUUUAAAAAAGGUCGAUGCGAUUCUGUUAUUCAUUCAGUCAUCCAGCUGAAGCCCAAUAUCUUCGAAACUUGUGGGAAGUUUGCUAUUAAUAUUCGGUGUACUGUUUUGGUGAGAAAGGGUCUGAUUUGGACUUCGCUUCAUAAAAACAUACCUUCUUAUGAGUUUUCAAACGGUGAUUUAACUUAUAGAUAUUCAGAUGAUUAUUUAACUUUAGCCUCUUCAUCUAAUGGAUAUUUUCCCCGAUUAGAGUUAAACAAUUCAAGUUGUUUUAUGGAUAUAAAAAAUAAUAAUAAUAAUAGUAAUAUAUAUGAAAGUGAUCAUCGAUUCCUACUAACUGAUUCCAUACAUUGGGAUAAAGUGAUUGAAACAAACAAUUUAAAAAACUCUCACUUCACUGAAGGUGUUGAGUUUACAUUCCAUAAAAUUUUAUCCUUACCUGGUAGACGUUAUAUUGUGUUCAGAGAACCAGCUAUUGAAACUCAGUUGAAAGAAAAUCCAUGGACAUCUGAACAUAAGAUUGUAUACACUCGUAUUGGUCGUAUUUGCACCGAAGAUGAAGGCUUUGUUAUGCCAAAUGAUGGAAGAAAAUUAUUUACAACAUUUUUCAAAACUAGGCUUGUGUGUCAAGUUCGCACAAAUAUUCAUGACGGUGAUGGGAAAUACGGUAUCUCAUCUACAAAUCGUGAUUUUAACUAUCUUGUUGCACUAACAACUAGUUAUUCACCAGGAAUCAAAAACGACUUACUUCUAUAUGGUUUAUUCUCAGCUCGUAAUCCCCAAAUAGACGAUCAUCUUCCACCAAGUUUGAUAAAUAAUUUGGUUUCUACUGGUCCACUGGCAUUGUGUAUUUAUAAACUCUCUGCAGUAGAUAAAAUAAUUGAAUCCAGUGAUUUGAUAAUGCGCUUACCAUCAUUCUCUCCAUCUCAUUUAAGAGAUGUCAUGUUGCAUAAUGAAAGCCAUCUCAAUCUUAAUGAUGAAAGUAACCUAUUCGGUCGUGGAACAUCUAAAUGUACAAAUGGAUUGAAAAGAAUAAAUCGUGACAAGUAUCCCCACUUAAAAGAUAUAACUAGAUGUCCUGGUCCAUCUUCGUCAAAUAAACGCUUAGCUUUGGAAGCAUCACUGAUGGUUGAUUCAGUUUAUCCAGAAAGAUUAAACAUUGUUGGCCUGAUAGAAACACGUUCACAGAUAUCUGUAUUUAUUAUAGAUCCUCGACACGUAUCCAGAGUUUACAAAGAUACAACACAACCAAGACAAAUCAAACAUAUUCGGUAUACUAUUUUUUAUGUUGGAACAGAAAAAGGUGAUGUUUUUAAAAUGUUAAUAUUCAAUGAAGUUGAGGAAGAUUUCUCUGGAUAUCCCAGCACUACACCUAGUUAUUUCCUGAAAAAUAACACAGAAAAUGGACGUAUUCCUGAACGUUUCACCGUUCCCUAUCCAUCUUCAUCCAUGAUUUCUACUGGGAAUAUUCGUGUACUCAAACAAAUGAUAGCUUCGGAGACAAAUGAAAGAGUUACAAACCUUCUAUUCAUUUACAACUCAUAUCUGAAUCACACUACAGAGAUUCUAUCUGGUGAAAAACAGUUCACAUAUUCUACUAUGGAUAAAUUUUCAUUAUUAGUGUUUUAUGAAACUGAGAUUAUUCAAGUUGAAAUAACUCAGUGUGAUGAAGCUAAGACUUGUCGUGAUUGUGUGGCGCUCAAAGAUCCUGACUGCUACUGGAGUGAAAUACUAUUCAAAUGCAAUAAGGAUGUAGAUGGUCUAAGCAAUAUUCUAACUGGUUUCCAUUCAGGCUGUAAAGAACCAGAUAAUGAAAAAUCACAAAAGGAUAACGAUGCUAAAAGUGCUGCUUAUCAAGCUGUUUCAAACUUAUCUGAGGUUACUUCAAACAAAUCAUCUCAAAGAAAAUGUUUUAAUGAAAAACAGUACUUACCGCAAACCGUGUCAAAAUAUUUACUUUCUGGCUUCAUUGGUAUGAUCAUUGGUCUGGCAGUUGGACUAUUGCUAUUUUUUAUCGGAAAUCAGUUGCUAAGAUUAUUCAAAUCGAGAAGUAGAAACUUGGUACGAGUAAUCUCAAAGAACCAAAUAGAGCAAAUUUGUAAUCGCACAAAUGAACAACACAUUGGUUCACCACAACGUUACAAACAACCACACAAUAUUACUUAUUUGCGUUCUGGCUAUCCAGCUUGGCAUAAUAGUUCUUCAGUAACCAUGGACAAUUAA